AAAACCAGGAUAAGGGGACAAAGAAGAAACAGGGUGAGUACUGAGUAGGGAGUAGAGAAGAAUAGAGCAGAGAAGAGAGAAAUGGUGGUGAUGAGCGUAGCGAAAGCUCAAGAGCUAUAUCCACUCUCUCUCCUCAACUUCAUUCCUCCUUCUUCAUUCCUUUCAAAUACCAAAUUCUCUUCUCUAUCUUUACAAUUACCAUCAUCUUUACAAUCACACCCCUAUUCUCUCUCUUCUUCACCAUCAAUUUACCUAAAAAAACCCCUUCAAUUCCAUGCUUCAGUCGGUAAUAAACAGACAUUUGCAGUCGAAGAAACCGAAACCGAUAAAACGACGAGUUUUGAUAUUGAUUGGGAUAGUAAUGAAGCAAAGAAGAAUUUCAACCUGCAAUUUGAGUCACCAAUUGUAGAGGUGAAAGAAUUGGAGGAUUUACCAGAGAAUUGGCGAAGGUCGAAGUUAGCUUGGCUUUGUAAAGAGUUGCCUGCUUUAAAACGGCCUACACAAAUUCGACUUUUGAGUGCUCAGAAGAAAUGGAUGCGUCAGGAGGAUGCUACUUAUGUUGCUCAUCAUUUUCUGCGUAUUCGUCUUCACGAUUCGGCGUAUUCGGUGUACAAGUGGAUGAUCCAGCAACAUUGGUUUCGAUUUGAUUUUCCCCUGGCUACCAAGCUUGCUGAUUACGUUGGUCGAGAGAGGAAAUAUAUGAGAUGUCGGGAGAUUUUUGAUGACAUAAUAAAUCAGGGACGGGUUCCUAGCGAAUCAACAUUUCAUAUCUUGAUUGUUGCAUAUCUCAGUGCCUCAAGUGAGGACUGUCUAAAGGAAGCAUGUGAUAUUUACAAUCGCAUGAUACAUUUAGGAGCCUACCGCCCUCGGCUAAGUCUGCACAAUGCUCUCUUCAGAGCCAUCGUUACCAGACCUGCAAGUUCUGUGAAGCAGUACCUUAAUCAGGCAGAGUUCAUUUUCCAUAAUCUCGUAACCUGUGGAUUAGAGAUACAUGAUGAUAUUUAUGGUGGCCUCCUUUGGCUUCAUAGCUAUCAGGAUAUUAUUGACAAAGAGCGAAUGUUGUUUCUUCUGACGGAGAUGCAUCAGAGGGGAAUUCCAGAAAGCAGAGAUACUCUCUUAUCCAUUAUGAGGGCUUGCUCUAAAGAAGGUGAUGUGGACAAAGCAGAAAAGACCUGGGUCAAGCUUCUAAAUUGUGAUGGUGGCAUUCCUUCUCAAGCUUAUGUGUACAAAAUGGAUGUCUAUGCUAAGGUCAGGGAUUCUGAGAAGUCUCUAAAGAUAUUUAGAGAAAUGCAGGAACAGUUUGGAUCAACAAAUAUUGUGGCUUACCACAAGAUUAUAGAGAUUAUGUGUAAUGAUCAAGAAGUGGAACGGGCAGAGUCUCUUAUGAACGAGCUUGUUGGGAGUGGUCUGAAGUCUCUUACACCGUCUUAUGUGGAUCUUUUGAAUAUGUACUACAAACUAAGCUUACAUGAUAAAGUUGAGUCCACCUUCUUAAAAUGCCAUGACAAAUGCCGCCCAAAUCAGAUUAUUUAUGGUAUCUACUUGGACUCUCUGGUGAAAACUAACAAUAUUGAGAAGGCUGAAAGCAUCUUUAACCUGAUGUUAGAGAAUGACGCUAUUGGUAUAAGCAACAGGUCAUGUAAUACCCUAUUAAGUGGUUACCUAUCUUGUGGAGAUACCUUGAAAGCUGAAAAACAAUAUAGGUUAAUGCGCCAGAAGAAUUAUGAAGUUGAAUCUUCUUUGAUGGAAAAGCUGGACUCCAUUGUUAGGUCCAGCAAGAAAGUUGUUCAGAAAUCGGUGACCUUAAAAUUAUCUCCAGAACAAAGAGAGAUUUUGGUGGGUUUGCUGCUGGGUGGCUUGCAAAUUGAGUAUUCAGGGGAAAAGAUGCUACAUUUUGUCUGUUUCAAAUUCAAGGAUAAAUCUGGCAUACAUUCCAUCUUAAAAAGACACAUAUACAACAAGUUCCAUGAAUGGCUGCAACAUUCCAACGGCUCAUUAGAUGAUAAUGUUGAUAUCCCUUCAACAUUCUUGACAGUCCCACAUACUUGCUUUGGUUUCUAUGCUCAUCAGUUCUGGGAAAAUGGGAGGCAAAGCAUUCCCAAACUAAUUCACCGGUGGUUGUCACCACGUGUUCUUGCUUACUGGUUUAUGUAUGGUGGAUAUAUAGCACCGAAUGGAGACAUUUUAUUGAAGUUGAAAGGAAGCAAAGAUGAUUUGGAGAGGGUGUUUAAAGCAUUGAAAUCAAAAUCAUUGGAGUUCAGGAUAAAGCAAAAAGGCAAGGUGUUUUGGUUAGGUUUUAUGGGAAGCCAUUCUACUUGCUUUUGGAAACUUAUAGAACCCUACCUUUUGUACGAGUUACAAGACUUCCUUAAAGUUGACGAACAAAUCUCAGAGAAUUCAACCACAGAAAACUCAAGCGUUUCGUUAAGUAGCGAGUCUGAUUCAAAUAACAGCAGUGAGCCUUAUUCGGAUUUAUCCGACAGCGACGAUCCUUGAAGACUCAUGUAGGUUCUGCCUGGCUGUCCUGACCCUCAAUUUAUCUGAGGAGAAUGCUUUUGAAGUGGCACUUACGCAUUAAUGCACUGGCUUGGUUUCUACUGCAACUGGGUAUGUUGGAGGAUCUUUCUUUCUUAAUACUUAGCAAUAUAAGCUUUGUACAUAGUCAAAGGGUGUAGAAUCCUUACCUUGUAAUCUUAGAUAGGGAAUCAAUCAAUCAAUUUAGGUAACAUAUACAGCUGAGUCCAUCUUGCUAAAUGGAAGUGCAUUUUUGGGUUUCUCUGUCUGUCGUCGUAAGUUGGAAAUGUAGUUUGAUGCACUGUGCGUUAAGUUUUUUUUUUUUAUAUAUAAGAAAUGCAGUACCCUUUUGUCUAGUAUUAACAGUCACAUAUAUGAAUAUCGAAAAUUCAAACAUCCUUAGAAAAGAAA